GCCCCUUCUUCCCGCAGCUGGUGCUGUGGUGCUGUGGGGCCGCGGAUUCGCGCAUCGCUGUCUCUAUGGCCGGGGAUCUGAGCGCAAAGAAAACGGACCUCAGAGAGCCAGGACUAACUCUGCUGUCAGAGGAGGGUGACCCCAUCAGUGACCUACAACCCCUCUGUGAUCCCACAACUCCCUCUCCCAGUGGAGUUUGUAUUAGAUGCCAAUAGGCAGUGUAUAAUCCAUUCCUCCCCUUGACCACUUACCUGGGAUUCCAUGGCCACACAACCCUGUGAUUCCAUGUCUCCCCUAUUCCAGGACCCUCCCUGGCCCCAUGACUCCUGACCUUCCAUGUGACUUCCCUGGACUUUGACCCCUGUGACUAUUCUUCCCAUCAUCCCCUUUACUCUGGCCCUGGCUCCCUUUGGGGGUCUUGUUGGUCUGGGCCUCCCAAGGAAGAUGUGGGGGAGGCUCUGGCCCCUCCUCCUGAGCUUCCUGACCGCAACUGCAGUCCCUGGACCCUCGCUGCGGAGACCGUCUAGAGAACUAGAUGCCACCCCGCGGAUGACCAUCCCCUACGAAGAGCUCUCCGGGACCCGGCACUUCAAGGGCCAAGCCCAGAACUACUCAACGCUGUUGCUGGAGGAGGCCUCAGCAAGGCUGCUGGUGGGAGCCCGAGGUGCCCUGUUCUCUCUCAAUGCCCACAACAUAGGAGAUGGGACUCACAAAGAGAUCCGCUGGGAGGCCUCUCCAGAGAUGCAAAGCAAAUGUCAUCAAAAAGGGAAAAACAACCAGACGGAGUGCUUCAACCACGUGCGAUUCCUGCAGUGGCUCAAUGCCACCCACCUCUACGCGUGCGGGACUCAUGCCUUCCAGCCUCUAUGUGCAGUCAUUGAUGCUGAGACCUUCACCUUGCCAACCAGCUUCGAGGAAGGGAAGGAGAAGUGUCCUUAUGACCCAGCUCGUGGCUUCACAGGUCUCAUCAUUGAUGGAGGCCUCUACACAGCCACGCGGUACGAAUUCCGUAGCAUUCCUGACAUCCGACGGAGCCGCCACCCACAUUCCCUGAGGACUGAGGAGGCACCGAUGCACUGGCUCAAUGAUGCUGAGUUUGUGUUCUCUGUCCUGGUGCGGGAGAGCAAGGCCAGUGCAGUGGGUGAUGAUGACAAGGUUUACUACUUCUUCACGGAGCGUGCUGCUGAGGAGGGUUCCGGCAGCUUUGCUCAGAGCCGCGGCAGCCACCGCGUUGCCCGCGUGGCCCGUGUGUGCAAGGGAGACCUGGGAGGGAAGAAGAUCCUACAGAAGAAGUGGACCUCCUUCUUAAAGGCGCGUCUCAUCUGCCACAUUCCACAGUAUGAGACACUACGUGGUGUCUGCAGCCUGGAAGCGGACACCUCAGCCCGCACGCACUUCUAUGCGGCCUUCACGUUGACCACACAGUGGAAGACCCUGGAGGCCUCAGCCAUCUGCCGCUACGACCUGGCCGAGAUGCAGGCUGUCUUUGCAGGCCCCUACAUGGAGUACCAGGAUGGUGUCCGGCGCUGGGGCCGCUACGAGGGAGGCGUGCCAGAGCCCCGGCCUGGCUCGUGCAUUACAGAUUCAUUGCGCAGUCGAGGCUACAACUCAUCCCAAGACUUGCCAUCCCUGGUCCUGGACUUCGUGAAGUUGCACCCACUGAUGGCUCGGCCCGUGGUGCCCACACGUGGACGGCCCUUGCUGCUCAAGCGCAGCGUGCGCUACACGCACCUCACAGGGACACCUGUCACCACGCCUGCUGGACCCACCUAUGAUCUGCUCUUUCUGGGCACAGCUGAUGGCUGGAUCCACAAAGCUGUGGUCCUGGGCUCUGGGAUGCACAUUACUGAAGAGACACAAGUGUUCAAGGAGCCCCAGUCUGUGGAGAAUCUGGUCAUCUCUCGGAUGCAGCAUAGCCUCUACGUGGGGGCCCCUAGUGGAGUCAUCCAGCUACCACUGUCCAGCUGCUUCCGCUACCGUUCCUGCUACGACUGCAUUCUGGCCCGGGAUCCCUACUGUGGCUGGGACCCCAGCACCCACACCUGCACAGCGAUCACCACUAUAGCAAACAGGACAACAUUGAUACAAGACAUAGAGAGAGGAAACCGAGGAUGUGAGGGCAGGGACAGGGACACAGGGCCACCACCACCACUGAAGACCCGUUCUGUGCUCCGGGGUGAUGAUGUCCUACUGCCUUGUGACCAGCCAUCCAACCUGGCCCGGGCCUUGUGGCUGCUCAACGGAAGCAUGGGCCUGAGCGAUGGGCAGGAUGGCUACCGUGUGGGUGUGGAUGGGCUGCUGGUAACAGACACACAGCCUGGGCACAGUGGCAACUAUGGCUGCUAUGCUGAAGAGAACGGCCUCCGCACCCUGCUGGCCUCCUACAGCCUCACGGUGCGGCCAGCCACUCCUGCCCCAGCUCCACAAGCCCCUGCAAUGCCUGGGGCACAACUGGCACCUGAUGUGAGGCUGCUCUAUGUGUUAGCCAUUGCUGCACUUGGUGGCCUCUGCCUCAUCCUCGCUUCCUCCCUCUUCUAUGUGGCCUGUCUUCGGGGAGGUAGAAGAGGACACCGACGGAAAUACUCACUGGGUCGAGCCUGCCGGGCAGGGGGCUCUGCUGUGCAGCUGCAGACAGUCUCAGGCCAGUGUCCUGGAGAGGAAUAUGAGGGCGAUGAUGGGGAGGCACCUGGGGGCCUGCAGGGUGGCUGCCUCCAGAUCAUACCUGGGGAGGGAGCCCCAGCCCCACCGCCCCCACCCCCCCCACCCCCACCGGCUGAGCUGACCAAUGGGCUGGCAGCACUGCCCAGCCGGCUACGUAGGAUGAAUGGCAACAGCUACGUGCUCCUGAGGCAGAGCAACAAUGGCGUGCCGGCAGGGCCUUGCUCCUUCGCAGAGGAGCUCAGCCGCAUCCUGGAGAAGAGGAAGCACACGCAGCUCGUAGAGCACCUGGAUGAGAGCUCUGUCUGAGCCCAGCCCCUAGGACAAAUGCUCUUCUAAACUAGCCUGGCUGCCCCAGGCUGGGCUGCUGCCUCCCCAGUGCAGCCACCCUACCUUCACCCCCUAACUCCAGGCCCUUCUCCCAACGUUUUGAUGUCCCCGUAGGGCUGGCCAGAGUCAGGCCCAGCCAAAGUCCCCUUCUCAGUCUCCACAGACCCAUCUGUGAGCAGCCCAGGCCAACCGGUGCUCCUCAGAGGUAGGUGCUCCCUCAGGCUCUGCACACUCAGACCCAGCUCCUAAUCCCUUUUAACCUAAGCACUUGGGAAGAAAGGAUGCCAUCUUCCUGCCCCGUCCAUCAGCUCAAACCCUUCCUCUU